UCUUAGGUGUAUGUUAUGGCAAAAAAGCCACAAUAUAUUUCAUUUAAUAUUUAGUUAAUAAGAAAAUUGUGAAAUCUACAAACAUACUGAUAAGUUUCUUGGUCACUAAAUGAUUAAUGAAUUCAAUAUAGUAACAUAUAUUUGUUUUCCGAUUACAAUUUUUGUGUACAUUGUUAAGUUUAAUUCUUAAAUUGGUUAUUGAACUAUUUCGUAAAAUAAUAUUAUUCCAAAUAAACAAUUUGUGAUAAUUUUCUUGUAUAAUUCUGUUUUGAUCAUUUGAUUGAAAUUUGAUAUCAAAUACUCAGAACCCAAGUGUAUUCAUUUUUAAUAAAAAUACCACUUAUUGUAUCACCUAUAUUAGUGUAUGCUCUAAAACAUGGAAAACGAUGAAAUUGGUGCAGAAUUAGUCAGAUUAGACAAUGGAUUUCUUGUGGACGAAGACACUUACGUGGUUCAUUCUGACGAUGUACUAGAGGAAGAAAACAACUCUGACUCAAAUAGUGGAGGUAAACCGCUCCGGGAGCAAGAUAGAUUCUUACCUAUUGCUAACAUUGCUAAAAUCAUGAAGAGAGCUAUACCACACAAUGGCAAGAUAGCCAAAGAUGCAAGAGAAUGUGUACAAGAGUGUAUAUCAGAAUUCAUAUCAUUUGUAACGAGUGAGGCCAGUGACAGGUGUCAGGUGGAGAAGCGUAAGACAAUCAACGGUGAAGAUGUCUUGUUUGCACUGAACACACUAGGCUUUGACAAUUAUGUUGAACCUUUAAAAUUGUAUUUGAAGAAAUUUAGAGAAACAGCACUUUCGCCAGUCACAAUCAAUAAGCUGAAUAAAACAAUUGUUGUUUAUGGAGAGGAUGGUACGCCAUGUGUUGGAACGGAGAAUGAAAAUGAAUCACAAACGGAAACUACAGUAAUAUAUACCUACCCAAAAGCCCUAAGCGACUUUAUAAAAUUGUAACAGAUUAUAUAUAUAGAUUUGGCUGUAUGUAUUGCUGUAAUAUUUGGCUUAUGCAAAAACAGCAGUCAAACAUCGUUCGUUACAAAAGUGUUGAUUCAAAAAGCAUGCUAAUCAAUACAAACUUUAUGAAAAAAAUAGUGACUGCUGGUGACCCGAUAAAUGUGAGGCUGUGCCCAACUAUAUUUGAUGCU